AUGUCUUACAAUGUGCGGGAGCACUCUUCUAAAAAAAUCGCGUACUACUAUGACAGUAACAUUGGAAAUUUUCACUUUGGCCCAGAACAUCCAAUGAAACCAAAUCGUAUUCGAUUGGCCCAUCAACUAGUCACAGCUUAUGGGUUGUAUCGGCAUAUGGACAUUUUUAGGCCAUUUCCAGCAACACGUAAAGACAUGCAAGAGUUCCAUCCAGAAGACUAUACAUAUUUCCUAUCGGUAGCAGAGCCACAACGAGUUGAAUGGCUUGCGAAAGACAUGAAAAAAUAUAACAUUGGUGAAGACUGUCCGAUCAUCUCAGAUCUCUUCCAAUAUAAUCAGACUACAUGUGGGGGUACACUUGCAGCAGCAACAAAACUCAACAAGCAAAAAGCUGACAUUGUAAUCAACUGGAUGGGAGGUUCAAGUCAUGCAAAAUAUGCAGAAGCAAAUGGAUUUUGCUUUACCAAUGACGUUGUUCUCGGAAUUCUCAAAUUACUUGAUUUCCAUCCUCGUGUUCUCUACGUCGACAUUGAUGUUCUCCAUGGCGAUGGUGUAGAAGAAGCAUUCUACUGCACUGAUCGUGUAAUGACGGUUUCAUUUCAUCAAUAUGGAAAAGGAGUUUUUCCGGGAACUGGAAAUGUGCAAUCAAUAGGAGCUGAAGAAGGAACAGGAUACUCUGUAAACGUUCCACUUAAAGAAGGGAUCACCGACAAAGUUUAUCAAAGCAUUUUCAAACCAAUUAUCACCAAAGUGAUGGAUCGAUUCGAUCCAAGUGUGAUCGUUCUUCAAUGCGGACCAGAUUCACUCUCAGGCGAUAAAAUUGGAAGGUUCAACCUUACUCUGGAUGGGCAUGGAGAAUGUGUCAGCUUCCUAAGAUCAUUCAACCUCCCAUUAAUGCUUCUCGGUGGUGGUGGCUUCAAUUCUGAUAAUGUUGCUAAAUGCUGGGCAAAUGAAACAGCCAUUGCUUGCGGCCAAAAUCUCCCGGUUAGACCACCAGGGAACGACUACAAGAAAUACUUCCGGUCCAGUUUCCGUCUUCCAGUCAAGCCUUCAAAUAUGGCGAAUCACAACAGACCAAAAGAGUUGGCUGCAAUUCAACGGGAGAUAUUUGCAAACUUGAACAGUUUACCAGCAGUUCCAAGUGUUCAAAUGCAACCGAUUCAAGAGGAAAUUUUAGCACCGUUGCCAGAAGUGUCACAAGUUCUUGAAAUGGCCAACCCGGAUGAGAGACUCCCACCACAAGUAAUGGAUAGUGUUGUUGCACACGAAGGAGAAUUCUACGAUUUUGAAAAUGGUUCUGGAGCAAAUCGCGGAGUCGUUCAGUACGCGGACAUGACACCUCCAGACGACUGGUUUUUGGAUGAUUUUUUCCAAGACUUGCAAACGAUUGAAAUGAGAUCUGAAAUGGUUUAA